CUUCUCCUGUUUGUCUCAGUUACUGUGUCUAUGUCAAACCCUCAUAAAUACAAAAUAACAAUUACAUAGAUAUACAUCCUACAUUGUCUACCUUUUACUACUGCUUCAAAGACCACUACGCUAACGUACCACUACUCCAACUACGUGGUCUUCACCAUACCUUACCUGUUAUAAUUAUCCCAAGUCCCCGUCUUAUUUCACGACGUACAAUUCCACAUUGCCGCCUAUCCCCCGAGAUCUUCUCUUUACUCUAUAUCCAGCGUUCACCGUUCCCCUUUGUUUCUACGCUUCCGUCGCCACCGAGAAUCCAUAUUCAAUGGCGGCACAGUCCCCCUUCUUGCUUCUGCCUGCCGAAAUACGCAACCUGAUCUAUCACCACCUAUGGAUAGGUACAGGAUACAACAUGGUGGAGAGGGGUGACGAAGGCGUGCAUGUCUUCAUUGAAUACACACCCCGCGAAACUGCGUUGCCCUUCAGCGAUCGCGAUCCCCUCCCCCCAGACGACGGCUUGCCGUAUUGGAUUUUGACAUGUCGACAAAUCUACACCGAGGCGUUGGAUCAAUUCUAUCUUGUGGCAUACUGUUAUGCUUAUUUCAACAAACCAUUAAGUGGACCACCUAUACCAUCGAGGUCGGCAAUUCAGCUGAAUCGCGUCCGGAAGAUUGGGCCCACGCGGCAACCUCCCCAUCGCCAUGCUGUGGUAUUAACACACAUCCAUCCUCGAGUCGAGAAAGAGUCCCCGACCCGCCACGAAAUGUAUAUGAACCAGUGCCGUCACACUGUAGGAAAUUGUAUGCUUCUCACGCUCGGGAAGAUGAAGCAUGCCGUCAAAGAUAUAACAAUCAACGUCAGCUUAUGGAGCUUGAUAUACGAGCAAGAGGAAGCUCAUGAUGCAUUCUUCGCAGUCGACCUCAGCCCUCUAGAAAAGCUUGGAGACGGGUUCGAUCGUGUAGUCUUUCGUGUUCUCAAACCUUACCUCAGGCCAGAGUCAUUGAAGAACUUUGUAAGGUAUAGUGCUGCAGCAUUCGCGGUGUUGCAGCGUGAAUUGCUCCGGGUUGCAACUUUGAUGGUAGGCGGCUCACCAUCAUCUUUGGAUCAAGACAAUGCUUCCGGUUCAACGGCUCGGGACUACCUUGAGCCAUUCAUGAAUCGGGGUCGCAAGUCUCGAGAUCCAUACGAUUGGUGCUUGGAGGUGAAGAGAAGCACGGGUCCUUCUCGUGGCUACCACUCCUUGACGUAUCCAGGUUUGCAAUAUUUUGAAUUGGAACACAAUGGCGUGAAAGAUAAUUACUAUGGGCCUCUCAGACGAAAAGGAAAUGAGCUCCAAUGGACAUCUAGACUGACUAGAGAAGUUCUUACUCUAACCGAGCCGCUGAUGUCAGGUUCAAACGUCUGAUUUCGAAGGCUGAUAACAAUUGCUAGCUUAUUCAAUGCUGUAGGACGGGAACUGGUAGCCAUCGGAUGAGCGUAUUCAGGCUCAGUCGUCAUAAUAUCUGUAGCUCUUUCUUAUAUUGAAAUAUUAUUCGAGACAGGGGAGAAAGGCGCACUGCAUUGUUGAUCGAGGUGACGCUUUUCUCUAAGUUGGCCCCCAGCUGAGGCGCAUG